AUGAUGUAAGUGUAACAAAAAAAUAAAAUGAGAGAAUGAUACAAAAGAUUCACCUAUUUUUAAGCUCUUCUGAUAAUUACGCCAAUUUUAAAACCUGAGGCUUGAAUCUAUAGUACGUGACCUUUUAUAUUCUUUUCGUAUAUUUUCUGUUUUUCUGCGCUUCCGGUUUCUGAAUGCGAAGUCUGGAGCCCAAGCCAAGGACGCCCAUUCUAAUAGUUACGUCAAAUUUAGUUAAAACUUGAGCCUUGCAUCUCCAGUACGUGACCUUUUACAUUUUUUUCGCAAACUUUCUAAGCUUCCGGUUUUUGAACUCUCUUGUUAUUUAAUUCACCAGUUAAAGCAUGAAAAAUCGAUGAAAGCAAUUUCUUUUCAAUUUCCUUGUCCUAACUAAUAGUGCAAAUUUGUUACUCUUCAAAAGAACUGCUGAAUAUUUCAUGGAGCGAAGAUUUUUAUCGCUCUGAUUCAUACACGAUUUUCAACGCAUAUCACAAGGCAGACAAAGAUACUUCAGCACAAACUCAAGCAAAUUAUUUCCUGUGUAUUUUAUAGGCUGGUUGAACCGGGAACGAACCUGACGCAAUAUGAGCAACUACGGAUUUGGAAAGCGAAAAGGAAGGCGGAUCUACCUAAACAGACUGUGCAACCGGUGAAUCAGUGGAUUAAAACGGCUGUUGUGAAGAGUAUAAAAGGCAGAGAGGGCCGGAACAAGACGUAUCAGUUUGGAAUUGCUACUGUUUUAGAGACUGUAAGCGGGUUUUUGACAAUUUUUAACUAUUGGUUAGAUUUAGGGAUAGAUUCGUGGAAAGGCCAUAUAAAUAGUCCAUGAAUACUUUUUUGGCGAUCAAAAAUUUUAAGCCCCAUCAAUUAGGCAACUUUAUUGGGUUGCAGCUGAUGCCUUUGAUUUUGAAUAUCUUCUGGUAAAAAAUGUGGUCAUGGAUUAAUUUGCAACUUUUUUGGGAAAUCGAUGCUUAUCGGCCUUCUGAAAGCUUCAAAUACCUAAUAAGUCGUUUCACAACCGAAUAGCUUCGCAAAGAGUUAAAAAUCUGAUUUCAGAAUAUCCAUAAUGUACGCUAA